UUGGCAGCAGGCCUUCAUAUAAUUACUCUUGCAGUUGGGUUGCGGAAUGAACAACCCCCAAAAAGAAGUGGGAAAAGGGCGCAGGUUGCUGCACGCUUCCUCACAUCUCUUGCUCUUCUCUGCAAUUCAACAUAGCCUUCGCCUCCCAAAUCCAUCCCAUUUGGAGUUCCUCUACCACAAAUACUUGCAAAUCUUAUUGUGACCAACGAGUGUAUGUAUAUUUCUAACAGUGCAGCUUCAAGUUGGAAACUAAAUUUAAUUAUAAUCAGACUUGGAAUAGGUUUUGGAGAGGUAAUGGAUGACAUAUGUACUUUGCAGAAUAGUCUCAAAAUACUAUGUACAUGGAAAUGUAAGAGCAACAAUAACAAAAUCCGCUUCUCCAAAACCCUAAUCCAAAAACCCAUCUCCCAACUCCUAAAACCCAUAUCCUGUCUCCACCCAUUAGCCCCGCCUCAUACAAUUCCCCAGGAUAAUUCCACAAAGCACAAAACCCUGCUUGUUGAGAGCUACCAUGAACACCGAAGGCUAAAGGUCUUGCUUGCUAAGCUGAACAAGAAGGGCUCUUGCCCUUUGGAAAUGCUUCAGGAUGAUGGAGAUUGGUCCAAAGAACACUUCUGGGCUGUCAUCAGAUUCCUUAAACUUUCCUCCAGAUCGAAGGAAGUUCUUCAGGUGUUUGAUACUUGGAAGAACAUAGAGAAAUCACGAAUUAAUGAAUUCAAUUAUGAGAAGAUUAUAGGUUUAUUAAGCGAAGAAGAUCUAAUGGAAGAUGCAUCUUUGGCAUUCAUGGAAAUGAAGAGUUUUGGUUUGAGCCCUUCCCUACAAAUAUACAAUUCCUUAGUUCAUAGUUAUGCUAGAAAUGGGAAGUUCGAUGAUGCCUUGUUUUACCUUAAUCAGAUGAAAGAAACUAAUUUGCCAUUGGAAAGUGACACCUAUGAUGGCUUGAUUCAAGCUUAUGGAAAGUACAAAAUGUAUGAUGAGAUGGGUAUGUGCUUGAAGAAGAUGGAGCUGGAUGGGUGUUCGCCUGACUGCUUUACUUAUAAUUUACUUAUCCAAGAAUUUGCAAAAGCUGGUUUGCUUAAUAAAAUGGAAAGGGUGUAUCAAUCUAUGCGAACAAAAAGGAUGGAUUUGCGGUCUUCUACUUUGAUUGCCAUGCUUGAGGCUUAUGUGAACUUUGGGAUUGUAGAAAAGAUGGAUAAGAUUUUAAGAAGGGUGUGGAACUCCAAAGCUACUUUAAAGGAAGAUUUAAUCAGAAAAAUGGCUGUGGUUUAUAUUGAAAAUUUCAUGUAUUCAAGAUUAGAUGACUUGGGAGAUGAUCUUUCUUCUAGAAAUGGUAAGACUGAUAUUGUUUGGUGUCUGCACCUCCUUUCUAAUUCGUGUUCAUUGAGUCAAAAAGGCAUGGAUUCCAUUGUUAGAGAUAUGGAACAAGCAAAGGUUUCUUGGAAUGUAACAUUUGCAAACAUUAUUUUGCUAGCAUACUUGAAGAUGAAAGACUUCACGCACUUAAGGAUGUUACUCUCCAAGUUAACGAACCUUCAUGUGGAACCUGACAUAGUCACUGUGGGAAUUCUAUUUGAUGCAUGUGACUUAGGCUUUCACGGGACAGGAAUCUUAGAGACAUGGAGAAGGAUGGGCCUUCUUUACAGAUGUGUGGAAAUGCAAACGGAUCCUCUGGUUCUCACUGCAUUUGGAAAGGGCCAGUUUCUCAGAAGAUGUGAAGAAGCAUACUCCUCUCUUGACCCUAAUGCUAGAGAAAAGAAAAAGUGGACUUAUUGCAAUCUCAUUGAUUUGGUGGCAAAGAACAAUGGAAAGCAGCAUCAGUUGAAUGCAAGAUGAACGAAACCGAGAAUCAAGAUCUACUAAACUCAAUAAGCUUAUGAUACUAAAAUCACCAGUCUCUGUUCGUGUGACUAACUUCAGAGUCACUUCAUGCAUGGUAGAGCGUGAUAAUUUUUCCCCGCUAAUACUUUGUAUUAUUUUUUACUUUCCUACAUCCUUCCUUGACAAUUUUUCAUUCCUUCCUUGGAGAGAAUUGUAGAUUUAAUUUCCUUGGAAGAGUGAACUAGAACCUCAAAAAAGAAUGAAACACACAGAAUGACAGAAAUGAUUCUCUUCUUAAAACUAAAAUAUAUAUAUAUAUAUAUAUAUAUAUAUAUAUAUAUAUAUAUAUAUAUAAAUCUUGAUUUCAAUUUUUCAAGGGUUUGAAGCAUGGAAUUGUUCACAUGCCAAAGCUGCACAAUUGUGUUACUCUAAUGUUUACAGAACUGCUAGCAAUUUUCAGAACAAAAAGAAGAAGAAGAAACGUCUGUUUAAGCGAGUUAUGCUGUCUGUUCUCCUUAGUUUUGUGUAGAGCAUGGAAGUAAACAUAGGUUAUUUGUGUAGAACCCAAAUUGAACAGUGACUGUACAUUAUACAAGUAUCAUAAGGCCUCUGUUUACUUCACUUGUAGAUUGAUUUUUUUUUUUUGAGGGGAAGCUUGUUGAUAUUGAUAACACAGGUUAGAGAGCUAGAAAUUUUGAUUCAAGCAUUAUUGAUGCAUGAAUUUCCUUAGUUGUCAUCCUGUACUGUCAAAGUCCUGAAGAACAUUUCUAUUUCUUCCAGCAA